AUGAACUCUGCUUUAAAGCCAGUAUUGCCACAACCGGGGGUGCCACAGCCGGGGGGCCAAGCUAGCCCCGCUAAAGCAAACGUUGCGAACGCUAACCAUGCGGUUGGAUUGCCUCAAGGUGCACAGAACUCGCUUCACCACGGCACUAACAAUCUUGUAGGUCAGAACUUGACUCAUCAUAUACCUAACCCUCCUCCAGUGCCUGCCCACGCAGUGCCGUCGAUGGCGCCUGUUUCAGCAAACAUGGCUCAAAUGGCUCAAAACAUGAGUCACCACGGCAAUUUAUCCCAUGCUACACAAAACUCAGCAACACCAACAAAUGUGGCUGCUAGUCCAAGCAAAAGUGCCACUACAAGUACUGCUCCAGCUCCAUUAAGCUUAGUACAAGACAAGCCAAGCACACCCCAGCCACCUCAACCCCUUGCUUUAACAAGACCAUCUGAGAAAAAGGAACCUGAUUCUACAGCGCAAGCAAAUGGUGCAAUUGAGUCUCCAAAGUCAAGUACCAAUGCUCCUGUUACACUUAAGCCUAUGAAUCCAGAGACAAAAGACAAGCCAGACAUAGGAAAAACAUCACCAAGUACUCCAAAACCUCCUGAAAAGCCUGCAAGUGCUCCAAGCACUCCUCAAAAGCCUGAAACUUCCAAUUCUGCAAACCCACCAGAUGCUCAAGCGCAGCCCAAGGUUGCCACAGCUAAUGAACCACCAGAAAAGUCGCCUUCGAAACCUAUAGAGCUUAAGCCAGCGCAGACUGCAGACAUUGCUCCUAUUCAGAGUGAUAACAAGCCUGUACCUGAAUCUGCAAGUGACAAUCAGACUCAAAAUGUACCAGCUCAAUCCGCACCACAGAAAGACACCGUGUCAAAUGAAAGUGUAAAUCAAGAACCAGCAAAGUCAGAUGAAAUUGUGGAAAGCAAAGAAAACCCAGUCACUGAAGAAAAAAAUAGUGAAAAAAAAGAUAUGGUAGAUGCACCAAAGCCAGAAGAAAGUAAACCUGCAAAGGAGGAAAAAGUAGAAGAAAAACCAGAGACAAAAACUCCAGCAAAACCUGAGGCCAAAGUUGUUGCUAAGUCAACAUUAAAAUUAGCAACAGUCACACCUCCUUUAAGAAAAAGAAGACAAGUGUCAGAAAAAGUGGAAACACCUACAUCCAAAAAGCCAGCAGAAGAAUCAACACCAGACACAAAAUCUAAAAGGAAUCGCACAAAGGUUCAACUAUAUCAAUCCCCAACGCCAGACAUUGCCAUGGCAACUAAGUUAUCAGCCUCUGCUGGAAGAUCGACUCCAACUAAACAAAAUGACGACAAACUUAUUGUGUUUUAUAAAAAUGAAUACUUGGCUGUACGGAAUGCUGAAGGCGGUUUUUACGUUUGUCAAGCCUUACAAAAUGUGUAUCGAACGACGAGAAAAAUUAAAAUCCGCUGGCUGUCGCAAGACAAAGCGGAUCCUACUGGUGAAACAUACAAGCCUGACUUCUAUGAUGUCACUGAUAUGGAAUGUGUGCUCACAACGUUGUCUCUGACGCGAUCUGCUAGUGGUGGGGGCGCGUGGCUGCUGCGGCCGGCCGAGCAGGCCCGCGCCACUUCCAUCCUGCAACGAGCUCUCAAGGCUGAGCAGAGCGGUGCUAACAUAGCUCUAACUGAAGAGCAUCCUGAUGGACUGGAUCUCUCGCUAUACACAGACGAGUCACAACUCGAGAAGAAAUCGAGGAAGCGCAGCACUUCCAAGUCGUCGCCUAAAUCGAAAGAAGAUAAUGACACAUCGAUCGAAGAAGCCACACCAAGUAAAAAAGCCAGAACAACACCAAAGCGCAGUCCGCGCUCCGCCAAAAAGACGAAAAAGUCCCCAAAAUCGGGCAAAUCACCGACAAACAAAGCGAAAUCAUCAGGUAGUUCGCCCAAUGUGGCGGUCACAAGCAAGACGGCGACGGCGGUAACGGAAAAGAAAACUCCAGCGAAGAAAACCCCAGUUAAACCCGCAAAGAGUACACCUAAAGCCACCACGCCGAAAACGGAAACGCCGACUACCCGCAAGGGACGACGGGCAGCUAAAGAAACAAAAAGCUCACCAAUCGUUCCCACCCCUUCCACAUCAACGGGUAAAACCACUCGCACACCGCGGAAACCACCCUCCAAGAAAUAA